AUGUGUCUCAAUAAAGUAACGAGGGAACCAAGGUAGUUUAUCGGGACUGCCAUUCCCAUUCCUGAGAAGUUUAGCAGAACAGUUUUUUUUUUUGGAGAAACCGCAGAACAGUCUUUUCCCAUUCCCUCCAUUCCCUUUCUCUUUGGGGUAUAAAUGAACAGAGUCUUUUCCCAUUCCCUUUCUCAAAAUCACCCCGCUUUUUCUACCAAAAAAAAAAUCACCCCGCUUCCAUCCGUGUCUUCACCUGCAAUUCUGCAAGAAACCCUCGAUGUCGAACCCAUCUUCUUCGUGGGUCGCCCAAUUCAAUCCGGGCGACCGGGUCGAGAUCAGCCCCCGCGAUGUAGGGUUCCGCGGCUCCUGGUACGCCGGCACCGUCGUCCGCCGCGAGGCGAAGAAGACCAUUCGUUACGUAGUCGAGUACGACCAGCUCUACGCGGACGAAUCUGGGGAGAAGCUGCUGGAAGAAACCCUCGAUUGGAUCCAAUUGCGUCCGCCGCCGCCGCUUCCCGAGAAGAAGAAGGUCCAGUUCAAGUUCGAAGACGAAGUGGAGGCCUUCUACAGCGACGGCUGGUGGGAAGGGGCUAUUAUUGCGGAGCACUCCGGCGGGAAAUUCGCGGUUUUCCUCAGAGGCUUUGAGGAGCAGAUUGUGUUUGAAGAGAAAGAUUUGAGGUUGCCUGUUCAGUGGGUUAAAGGGAAGUGGGAGCCGCGAUUCGAACAGGUUCAGCGGGAGAAAGAGAACUCAAAUUGUUCCAAGGAAGUGAUGAAGUUCACUCAAGGAAUGCAAGUCCAGGUGCUAACUGACGAAUACGGUUUGAAAGGUGCUUGGUUUGCUGCAACAAUUAUUGAACCUUCGGGUGAAGACAAGUACCUUAUUGAGUACAAAACCCUGAGGAAUGAUGAUGAUACUGAGUUUCUCAGAGAAGACAUUCGUGCUUGCAACAUAAGGCCUUGUCCGCCGGAGAUCAUUGUUGUGGAUGGAUUCAAGGUGUUGGAUGAAGUAGAUGCUUACUACAACGAGGGCUGGUGGGUUGGCGUGAUUGAAAAGGUCUUGAUCAACUCCAAUUACGUGGUUAACUUUAUAGAGUAUGAUGAGAAGACAACGUUCAAUCAGGCUGAUUUGAGGCCACAUCAGGACUGGUUAAACGGCAAAUGGGUUGUUCCUUCAGAUGUCUGA